AUGUCCCUGGUUUUCAGCGACAGCUGUGCCGACUUGAAAGGUACCCUGUAUCCAGAAGAUGCAUCGAGCAGCCUUAGCCGCGGCGGCAGCGAAGCGCAGUUCUUCGGCCCGACAAGUGGACGCUUGGAGUUGCAGCCUCCAAAGGAUGCACCAGCAGUACUAGGCAAGGAAAAUGAUGGCGGCCUUGAUUCUGCUGUCGAAGAUCAAAGUCAGCAGCAGCGCUUCAAUGAUUAUUGUCAGAAACUCGCGUCGAAUACUCUGCGAGACUUCUCACCAGAGCUUGUGGAUCAUCUCAUCGAUGUAUACUUUGAAUGGGAGCAGCCAUGGUUUCAGGUAGUAGACGAGGCACUAUUCCGGAAUAGCAAGCAAGGCAAUGGACGCUACUUCAGCCCCUUGCUUCUCUAUUGCAUUCUUGCAAUUGCUUCGAGAUGGUCAGACAGACCUGAAGUCAGAAGCGAUUUGAAAGAUGCCAAUACGGCCGGUUUGGUCUUUCUCGAACAUGCCGAAACACUGUUGCAUUUCGACCUCAAAUGGCCCAGCAUUACCACGAUACAGUCGCUUGCCAUCAUGGCCAUUGUAUACGUCGCUAUUGGAUCCGAUGCUUCCGGCUGGCUCCAUCAUGGUAUGGCAAUUCGGUUGAUGCUCGACAUGGGGUUGAACAUGGACUCUACCGUCGUGAUCGGCUCCAGUCAUCUAACCCCAGAAGAGAUUCGCCUUCGACGUCAGAUCUACUGGACCUUGUACUGUUCCGAUAAGCUGUGGGCCAGCUACACGGGCCGAGUGUGCACUAUGCUGGUAACACCACCAGUCAGCACUCUUUGA